AUUAUUCCUUCCUCGUUUUUUCCAAUUCUUACAAACCGUAUUGAUUUAGUUGUUUCUAUCAGUUAUGAAAUAUCUUUUGAUACCUUUUCUCCUAAUUGGAGCAUUCGGAAUUGUCGAAUCCACAGUAAAAUGUCCAAAAAGCACAUUUGGAGUUGAACUUGAAUGUGCAUUCGAAUGUUGCACUUCAUUUGAAGGACGGGAUCAGGGAUACUAUUGCUGUGGACUUGAAGAGAAACAACUUCUCGAAAGAGGGCAUCACAAUGUAGAAGGAGCUCCAAGGGCUGAUAGAUUUUUGGCAUAUGGGAAUACUUUCCAAGUUGAUUACACAAUGCUUAUCAUUGGAUUGCUUGUCUCUAUCGUUCUCUCAGUUCUUCUUUCCUUCUUCUGCUGCCUUCUCUGUAAUGGAUGUUGGCUUCAUCGUCGUCGUAAUCCACAACAGUACGAGAGUGUGCACAAUGAUAAUGGAUGGUACCCCAUUUGUUGCGGAUUCGGAAUUCCAAUGGGAACGGUAGUUUUCUCCACUCAUCCACCACAAUACAGAGAGGAAAGUGAAAUGUAUGGAGGUUCAUCAAUGUCAAGUUUGCCAAGUUCAAAGCAACGUGUUCGUUUCAACCCGGAUGGAACACCAAGAGGAGUGUUAAAGAAUGGGCAUGAGGGAGGACAACCACAAUAUUAUCGAGACUAAUCUAGAGAAAUUAAUAAAUUAGUGAUAUUAUACAUUUCGUUGAUAACUGGGCGCUCUGGGAACCUUUAUAUUUGGUCUAGAAUUCCCAUAGCUUUGCUUUGAACAUUUCUGUUUCAUUUUUGGAUUAAUUUUUUCAGCAAAAGUUUACCCUAUGUCAGUUUUUAAUCAAAAACCUAUCCAAGAUAUCGACAAAGUAGAGCUAUUUGACCGCAAGACUAACUCUAACACCUGAUUUCAACGAGCUUAUAAUCUGAGUUUUCAUAAAAAGUUCAUUCCUUCUUUCUCCCCAAUUAAUUUGUCUUUUUAUCAUGUUUCCUUAUUAUUUUAUCACUUCAAAAGCUUUCAAGGUGCAAUCGACCCCAAUUAAUUUGUAUAGAAGAAUCUGAUAUUCAGUUUUCAAUCAAAAAACCAUUACAAUAAAGCGUUGAAACGUUUCAUCCAGUAAAU